UAAUAUUACAUGUUCACAAAACACUAGUCCGUGCGGUGGGAACAUGUGCGAAUGUCAUUUGUUUUUGUGUUGUCUGCAAAAAGUCCAAGUAAUCCCAAAUUAUCAAUUAUAAAAUCAAACGGAAAUUAAUUAUUAUCAAAUAUCAUAAUUAAGUACUUAUAUUAAUGAUGAAAUCGAUCAGUUCAAUAGAUUGUGCAACUAUAGAUGCCAUGAUAACGUAUUUUUUAAUGAUAACCCCCCUAUAUCAGUGGCAAUGAGAUAAAUAUAACGCCAAAUAUGAUUAAAUCUUAAGCUACGACUACAGAGUUGGAUCAAAUCGAAGCUACAAGGCAGAACAGCAUGUGGUAUGUAAUAACCAGCGUGGUUGCGCUGGCGGCGCUUAGCAAUGCAUGCACACCAAGUAUAACGACAGUCAGCGGCACUCAUGCGCCAAGCACUGUCUGUUCCGGAGCUAUGAUCUUCGCAGACGACUUCGAAGAAUUCGAUUUGGAGAAAUGGCAACACGAAAACACUCUUGCCGGCGGUGGAAAUUGGGAAUUCCAAUAUUACAACAACAACCGUACAAAUUCGUUUACACACAGCGGCCUUUUGUUCAUACGUCCAUCACUGACGUCCGAUCAAUUUGGCAAAUCAUUUCUCACCAGCGGCCGUCUCAAUAUUGAAGGAGGCGCACCUGCGGACAGAUGUACAAACCCUCAAUGGUGGGGUUGUGAACGUACUGGAACUCCUACUAAUGUGUUGAAUCCGAUAAAGAGUGCCCGUAUACGCACCGUCAACUCAUUCAGUUUCCGAUAUGGAAAAGUUGAAGUUAGAGCGAAAAUGCCUGCCGGUGAUUGGUUAUGGCCUGCAAUUUGGUUGAUGCCGGCCUACAAUGCAUAUGGCACAUGGCCAGCUUCUGGCGAAAUAGAUCUUGUGGAAUCUCGAGGCAACAAAAAUAUGCUGCAUAAUGGUGUCCAUAUUGGUACACAGGAAGCUGGAUCUACUCUCCACUACGGGCCCUAUCCGGAGCUUAACGCAUGGGAACGAACACAUUGGAUCAGGAGAAGUAGCGCUGGCUAUGACACCGCAUUCCACCAAUACCAAUUGGAAUGGACACCGGACUACAUAAAAUUCAGUAUCGACAAUGUCGAGCUUGGGCGUGUGACACCUGGCAAUGGUGGCUUUUGGGAGUACGGCGGUUUUAAUUCAAACUCUAAUAUAGAAAAUCCAUGGAGAUAUGGCUCCAAAAUGGCGCCUUUCGACCAAAAGUUUUAUAUUAUCAUCAAUUUAGCUGUUGGAGGUACUAACGGAUUCUUCCCCGAUGGAGUUCAGAAUCCCAUACCGAAACCUUGGUGGAACGGAUCGCCUACCGCUGCCACCGACUUCUGGAACGGUCAGGCUGGAUGGCUGCCUACAUGGAACUUGAACUCCAACGAUGGGCAGGACGCUUCUCUGCAGGUGGACUAUGUGCGGGUCUGGGCGUUGUAAGACGACAAUGCGACAUAAUACCUAAUAUAUCACUAUUAAACGCCUUUAUUAUGUA